CCACAGCCACCACAUAAUUUGAGGUUCUUAAAUACUAUUUCAUGUUUAAUAUAGUCCUGUAUUACAGAGAAAUCCAGUGUUUUCGGUUAUAAAGAGCGUCACAGUUAUAAGUAGUGACACUUCUGUGGAAUUUGCAAUCACUUAUCUCAUGAAAUGAUGGAUGUCAGAGAAUCCCGGAUGUGCUCCAAGUGUCGUGUGUCUUUUAACACUGACGAUGAGUUUUGGCUUCACCUAACUAUGGAUUGUAAUGAUUCAAAAAGUGCCACUGAGGUUCAGAACUUGUUGCCCGGUAGUACAAAUUCAAACGAUGAAUCACAAUUCGCAUGUACAUCAGAUAGUAGCUCUCGUGUUGACGGUGUUUUUAGUGGUCUUUGCGACGAGAAUUUUCAGGCAAAAGAGGAUUUCGAAAUGAAGUCCACUUCGCCAGAACACCAGUGUGAAAUAGAUUUGUCUCCUGGAUCAAUUAAAAGAAAUAAAGAUUCACCUGCCUUGAGAACCCAGCCAUCCGUAUUCUGUGAUAUCUGUCAAGUAACACUUGCGUCGAUUAAAAAUAAAGAAGAACAUGAAAAUGGUAAAAUGCAUAAAAAGCAAAUGGCGCUGAAGUCAAAAUCCAGUGGUCAAUUGAAUAUCAGUCAGUCAUUGAGCAUUACUUCUGACAUAGCAGAAGAUUUGUCAAAGAUUCACAUUAAGUGGCCAUCAGCAACACAAAUUUCUGUGAGCAACAACUCAACUGCCAACGAAACUCUUAAUACCCACCGCGAAUCCACACUGCGUAAUGGUGAUGAAGAGAUCAUCCGUCUCCUACGUCGUUUGUGCCUGACGGAAAUGUUAAUGCUACUUCAUAAUAUGGGAAGAGACUCACAUAUGAGUUCAAGAAGUGAUUCACCUGAUUUAACCACAAUGAUCAGAACUAUCUGCCGUGAGGAGUUACGUGAAAUUCUUCCAGCAGCUUUACAGCAUGUUUCUCACCAGUCCAGAAAUCCCAACACGUAG